UCCACAGGUUCUGUCUCUGAAUGUGUCCAUUCUCCCCUCUCCUCCCUUUCUCACAGUCAAGAAAGACCAGGACGGAGCGGAAGACAAGAAGAGCACAGUCAAGAAGAAGGUGAAGGAGCUGAAGGUCCUGGACUCCAAAUCGUCUCAGAAUCUCUCCAUUUUCCUGGGCUCCUUCCGGCUGCCGUACGAGGAGAUAAAGAACGUCGUCCUGGAAGUGAACGAGAAGGUCCUCACGGAGUCCAUGGUGCAGAACUUGAUUAAGCAGUUGCCAGAGGAGGAGCAGCUCAAUGUUCUGGCGGAAAUGAAAGAUGAGUACGAGGACCUGGCUGAGGCAGAGCAGUUUGGAGUGGUGAUGAGCUCGGUGAAGCGGCUGAAGCCGCGGCUGACCGCCAUCCUGUUCAGGCUGCAGUUCGAGGAGCAGAUGAACAACGUGAAGCCGGACGUGGUGUCGGUGUCGGCCGCCUGCGAGGAGCUGCGCAAGAGCGACAGCUUCGCCCAGCUGCUGCAGAUCAUCCUGCUGGUGGGGAACUUCAUGAACGCCGGCUCCCGGAACGCCAAGGCCUUCGGCUUCAGCAUCAGCUACCUGUGCAAGCUGCGAGACACCAAGUCUGCGGAUCACAAGAUGACGCUACUGCACUUCCUGGUUGAGGUGUGUCAGGAGCAGUACCCGGACGUCCUGCACUUCACCGAGGACCUCAUCCACGUGGAGAAGGCCAGCAGAGUUUCCGCGGAGACGCUGCAGAAGAACAUCGACCAGAUGGGUCGGCAAAUCGCAGGCCUGGAGAAGGACAUCGAGACCUUUCCCCCUCCGCAGAGCGACAAGGACAAGUUUGUGGAGAAGAUGUCCAGCUUUGUUAGCGUAGCGCGGGAGCAGUAUGAGAAGGUGGACCUCAUGCACAAGAGCAUGGAGAAGCAGUACGAGGAGCUGGGGAAGUACUUCGUCUUCGACCCCAAGAAGAUUUCGGUCGAAGAGUUCUUCGGCGACCUCAAUAACUUCUGCAACAUGUUCCAGCAAGCGGUGAAGGACAACCAGAGGAGGAAGGAGGCGGAGGAGAAGAUCCGCCGGGCGAAGCUGGCGAAGGAGAAGGCUGAGAAGGAGAAGGAGGAGAAGGCCAAGAAGAGCCAGAUGCUGGACAUCAACGCAGAGGGAGACGAGACGGGUAUCAUGGAUGGCCUGCUGGAGGCGCUGCAGUCCGGAGCUGCCUUCAGGAGGAAGAGAGGUCCACGGCAAGCUGCCAAUCGAAGAGCUGGCAAUGCUGUGACCUCCAUCCUGGCCAAAGAGCUCUUGCAGGAGUCCACCCCGUCCAAGAAGACCAAAGUGCAGAAGGAGGAGCCUCUGAUGGAGGCGGGGUCACUGGAGGACCUGCUGGAGGAAGCCACGCCCCUCUCCAGCUAAAGGAGGGCCGUGACUGGACAGACCGUGGAUACUGUGUGCGUGUAUGCACAUUGGGGGGUCGGGGGGGAGAAGGUGCUGGGAAGACCCCACACCCCUUCCCCCCCCACCCCCCACUCGGGCCCUCUCAUUGCUGCUUUGACGCCCUGUGUUUACCCCCCCCCCCCCCCCCCCCCCCGCCACGCCCGGAAGCUUACGCACCAUGUUCUGCUACCAGCACACGCCCUCCUCCGUCAUUACACACUCGCUCACUCAUUUACCCGCUCACUCCCUCACCCUUUCCCUUCACUCUCUUCCCUCACUCACUCUCUCCCCUCAUUUGCUUUCUCUAUUCCUCACUCCCUCACUCACUCAGUUUACUCAGUUUUUCCCACUUAGAGUAAUGAGAGUGAGAAGCUAUCUUCAUUCUUCCAUCUUUCUUUUUCUGUCUUCCUAUCCUUUCCCCUUCAUCCCUGUGUUUUAUUGUGUAGUGUAGGACAGAUGUUCCACAUCUUAUCUCUACCAAGCCGCUGGCCACGCCCCCUACUCCAGAAGUAUCCCUAUAAACUGUCUGAAACGGUUUACACUGUCUAAAGGAACCCAGUCUUCGUAAUUUUAUUUUAUUUUUUUCUCUCAUUUUAAAACCACCAGUCAAUUUAGCAGUGAACCCUUUGAAGAACGAGUUCUGAGUCAUUUUGUUGGGAUGCUGUCAUGCAAUGCCAUGUCCCAGAUCUGCCCCUGAGAGGGUUCGACUUAAUAUCGCUGUCAAGUGCCAAGGGACGCGAACCACACACAUCCAACACAAUGCUGGUGAGGAUGUAACCACACAUAUCCAACACAAUGCUGGUGAGGAUGUAACCACACACAUCCAACACAAUUCUGGUGAGGAUGUAACCACGCAUAUCCAACACAAUGCUGGUGAGGAUG